AAAUACCUCGACAACUGAUUCAGUUGCUUGUACAACUGAUGUUGAUGCAGGUGUGGGAUCGGUUAAAGCAACAACUAUGUCUUGUUCUACAAAUGCUGAUGAUACAACAACAACAACACCAGUUAACAGCUGCAGUCAAUCUUCAGUGUCUCACAUAACAAUUGGUGCCGAAUAAAACAGUUUGUGGAACAAAUAUCACAAAUCAUUGAAAGAUUAUUUUGAUAUAUACAAUACAUACAUGAGCAUUUAAAGCUCAGAAGAUAUAUAUAUAUAUAUAGCUAUAGCUCUAUGAUUUCUAUAACGAUCUGGACAAUAUAUACAUUGUUGGAAAGAGCUUUAAAAUAUCUUUCAAAUAAGAUAUACUCCAGCCAACUAAAAAGACUCUCAAAAGAUAAUUCAAGCAGUAAUAAUAUUGAUAAAGAAGCUGCUAACGAAAGUAUAAUAAUAAAUUCAACACUUGAAAAAACCAAUAAAUGUACAAUGGAUGAUAAAAGGCUUGAUUGCAUCAACAGCUCAACAGCUGAAGCAAAAGAAAACACAAUUCAGACAAAAUUUACAAGCCCGGCUGCUGCCACACAACACACCACAGAGUCAAUAAUUCCAUGUACAGCCAUACAAAAAUUUAAUCCAAAUAUGCGUUUCAUACGCAAAAGUGUGGAACAAUCGGCACGCAACCUAAACACAAACUAUUUAGAACUUGAGACAGAAUUUCCACGUGAUUAUGAUGAUAACAUUGAAAUGCUGUCCCGCGAGGCGGAACACUUGGAAGAGCAGUUCCGUACACCAACACGAACAACUAGUACAACGGAUUUGACGGCCCAACACAAUUCUUCAACGCCCGGCAGUAUUGCAGCAGUAAGCAGUUGUGAGCCUUUGACACAAGUCAAGCCUAUUGCUAGUACAGAAACAGAGAUUCCUAUAGAUAAUAAUACUGUGUCAAGAUCAACUAAAGAACUCCAAGCUAAAGAAGGUAUUGGCAAUGUAAAACGUGUGGUAUUCAAAGUGGAAGAGAAAUUUGAAGAACCCAAAGAGAUUACAAAUAUAUCAACAUGCUUUGAGUUGGGUGCAAAAGAUACAGCAGCAUCUAUUGAUCUGUUGGCAACCGCAGAAACUUUAGCUGCCGAAACGGUGCAAAUAAAAGAAGCUACCCAGUCUAGCAGCCUUAUACCGAAAUCCUCCUUGACAACUAACUCAAAUGCCACGGCUCUUUCGUCAGCUGCCAGCACUCCUCCUCCGGCCAUAAUAAGCAAACCCUAUAUCAAAGAUGAUGAUGAUGAACCGAUUGCCAUGUCACCAUGUGGUCGCUUUUUUAAAUACGACAAAGAGGUUGGACGUGGCAGUUUUAAAACGGUUUACAGAGGUUUGGAUACAGAGACCGGUGUAGCGGUAGCCUGGUGUGAGCUAUUGGACAAGCAGGUGAAAAAAAGUGAACGUAAACGUUUUCGCGAAGAGGCGGACAUGUUAAAAAAGCUGCAACAUCCCAAUAUUGUGCGUUUCUAUACCUAUUGGGAGUUUACAGUGGCGCGUAGGAAAAAUAUUGUUCUAGUCACGGAACUAAUGCUGUCGGGAACUCUUAAAUCAUAUCUGAAACGUUUCAAGAAAAUAAAUCCAAAGGUGCUCAAGUCUUGGUGUCGUCAAAUUUUAAAGGGUUUACAUUUUUUGCAUACACGCCAGCUGCCCAUAAUACAUCGUGAUCUAAAGUGUGAUAAUAUAUUUAUAACCGGCACCACGGGUAGUGUUAAAAUUGGGGAUUUGGGUUUGGCCACCCUUAAAAAUCGUUCGCAUGCCAAGUCGGUUAUUGGUACACCCGAAUUCAUGGCACCCGAAAUGUAUGAAGAACACUAUGAUGAGUCCGUUGAUGUGUAUGCCUUUGGUAUGUGCAUGUUGGAAAUGGCCGUGUCCGAAUAUCCCUAUAGUGAGUGCAAGGGACCGGCUCAGAUCUACAAGAAAGUUAUAUCGGGCAUUAAACCGGCCGCUCUAAGUAAAGUUGAGGAUCCCAAAGUUCGAGAAAUUAUUGGAAAAUGUAUUGAAUUGAAAAAAGAGGAACGUCCCAGUUGUAAGGAUCUCUUGAAUUCCGAAUUUUUCGAAGAAGACAUUGGCAUUCGUGUAGAACCCACUGCCACCGAGGCUUUCUUUAAUAAUCCCGAUAAUAAUGUUAUAGAGUUUCGCUUAAGAUUUCUGGAUCCCAAAAAACGUUCUUCCAAACACAAAGAAAACGAGGCCAUACAAUUUGAGUUUGAUAUAAAAAAAGAUGAUUGCGAACAAUUGUGUCAUGAUAUGAAGCAGGAUAAUAUCUUAACGGAAGAAGAUGCCAGGGCUGUGGUAAGGCUGUUAAAGGUACAGCUAUACUCCCUGUCCAAGGAACGCAUACAGCGUCAAACGCAAUUGCAAUUACAAAAUGAAAAGUCACGUUUGGAGAAAUUAGCUUUGCAAAAGCAACGACAAUUGCUAACACCAAAUGUGGAAGAAGAGGAGGAGGAAGAAGAAGAUAAUGAGGUUGAUACCGAAGAUGAUGAUGAUGCCAAGAAAAUAAAUCAGCAAGCAGUAGUAACUUUGGCAAGCGAACGCAACUUGGAAAAUGAGGAAACCACCCAACAAAUCAAUCAAACGUUUGUGGCUUAUCAUCAGCAGCAGCAGCAGCCCUUAAUGACUUCUCCCUGUAAUUUUUCGACAAAUCCACAAGAUGUACAGCAGCCGCCCAAUCAAGCAUUAUCAUCGCCCUCUAAAGAACAAUACUAUAAUUCCCAAACAUCACAACAACAGGCGGCAUGGUCAAACACAGCUGCUGGUGGCAUUCAACAGCAAAUAAACUAUGUUGUAACACAACAAACAAAUCAAUCACAGGAACAACUUACGAUUUCCACGUCUUCACAACAAUUUCCUGCGCCUGCACAGCAGCAGUAUACAGCAACACAACAAGCUGGCCAGCAAACACAAAAUUUGACGCAAAUAAAUCAUCAACAAAUGAUGCAGCAAUUUGACGCACAGCAAAUGUCUUUGCCUCAACUUAAUACAACACAACAAAUGCAACAAGAAACUUUAGAUCAACAAACAAUAACAUCACAACCUACCUCUACAAUUCAGCAGCCAAAGCUAGAGGAACCCUCACAAUCACAUCAUCAUUCAGAAGAAAAGUCAGCCAAACCCAAGCCGACUAGACGUUCAACCCGCACUGGCACUGAACGCUUGCCAAAACUAAGCGUGACUGGCAUAGAACACGGCACCCUAAUCAAUUGUCACAUGGAAAACAAACAGAAAACCAUAACCUUUAAAUUUGAUAUACGCGAUGUUAAUCCAGUGGAAGUGGCUGGCAAAUUAAUAGCCCAGGAUUUACUGUCUCAGUGUCAACAUAAUGCCUUCAUAGAAAUAAUUAACGAUAUUAUACAACAAGUUAAAUUGAAUUCCAAUAAAAUUCCGGUUCCUGCUAUUUACAAGAAAAGCAAUAAUGAAAUGCAAGAAGAGAUUUCAAACGAUCUAACGUUAUUAAAUGGAUCUAAUUUAAAUAUUGCUGAAACAUUAAAUAAAACAACAGCUAUGGAGGUUGGUGAUAAUGGGGAUACUGUUGCAAAAAUACAGCAGCAGCAAAAACCAGAUUUAAAUAAUAUUAACAAUAUGGGAGCAUCAACAGCAACUACUAUAACUGAAGGCGGCGGAGGCGGUUACAAUAGCAGCGAUAAUGUGCAGUCUUCAGCAUCUACAUCUCGCAAAGCUAGUACAGCAUCAGAGUACACCUCGUUCUCAUCGGAUUUUACACCCGACAAUACAAUUACACCAACACAAUUUGAACUAAACGAAGGUAUGGAAGGGACAAACAUUGAUAAAUGUAAUGCUAAAGAUAAUGUACAAACUAGCAACAAGGAAAGUACUGAGGAAAUGGAACCGCCUGAUGGAAAUCAAGGCUUACAAUCAAGCAAUGCAACCAAGACUGUAACAAAUCCAACAGCAACUCGAAAAAUAUCUAGAUUUUAUGUUAAUCCUGUGGUAUUGCCAAAUUCCACAGCCACUUUAACAGAAGAGCCAGGCAACAAUACCGAACAAAGCUUAACUACAGCAAAUCCAGUGGAGAAUAAAGAAAAUUCAGAACAAAUUGCCAACAAUAAUAAUGAUGUUGUAACGAAACCACUAGCUGGGGCUGCUAACAGUUCCAGUUCGGUUGGCGGCAAUACAAACAAUUCAUUGGAACAACUUAAAAUUGAAUUGGAGAACAUAACACAUGCGCAAGCCUUUGCCUCGGCUAUUGUGGCUUCUAUUAACAGCGAUCAUGUGCAACAGCAAACAACAACAACAUCUUCCCAGUCACAUACUAGCUUACAGCAAACACCCGAAGAGAAAUCUCUAGCGAAUACAUCCUGUACACCAACUGGUCCAUUGAGCUCUACACGUUCAUCUUCCACCUAUAAUUCCAGAAGAACUUCUCUUGACAAUAGUGUUGGUGGUGGUGCUGGCAAUGAUUUGCUAAAUUUAACAAAUCUUUUAGAAACUAAUGAUUAUCCAAACUUGGAAAAUGAUAUGGCAGAGAGUAAUACACAGCUUAAUCAAAAGCUGUCCAAGCAAAAUAGUUUGGAAAAAACCAUGCAAUCAAAUGAUAAUAACAAUCAACGACAAGCUGCUGGUGGUGGUGGAGCUCUUACGCAAAGUUCAAUAGCAGAUUUGGAGAAAAAAUUGGCUGCCCUAAGGAAUGCUGAAAUACCAGAUGAGCCCAAAAAUCCAUCAACUACUCAAACUCAAGUUGAAGAGGAGCAGCCACCAAGUGGAGGUGGUGGCGUGCGUAAAAUUUCACGCUUUUGUGUCAGCCGCGUUAAGGAGCAAAAAUCUAGCGAAAAUGCCAGCAAUAAGAAAUCAACAAUUGGCAUAGUAACAGCUGCCUCCGAUAUUCCUUCCACUAUAGAUACAACUAGCUUAAUUAAUACGCCUACGGAGCAGUUAACUAAUCCACAACAGUUUCAGUUUCCACAAGAGCCAGCCAACUCAAGUGAGGGAACUGCAUUACCGACCCAAAUACAGCCAGCAGUAUUAGAUUUGCAGCGACAACAAACACAACCAGCAGCUGUUUCAACAGUUCAGCUACAGCAGCAGCCACAACAUCAACUUGUGGAACAGCAUGUUCAGGCAACAACAAUGUUGCAACAACAAAAUAUUCCAACUGCUGGCCCACAAAUUUUAAUGCAAAAUGUACAGCAAUCCCAAAACACAACAACUACACCACUAAAUCAACAAAAACCAGCAGCUGCUUCGGCGGUUCCCGUCGAGACGCCAAAGCAAAAUUUACAGCAGCCACAACAUACUCCCUCAUUAACACUACCACAGCAAACCAGUCUGCAGACACUGCAAAAAAAUCUGGUCCAGCCAACAUUAUUACCACAAAACUCUGCAGCCACCUACAUUAUCCAACAGCCUGCUCUAAAACAUACAGCAAUGGUAAAUCCAGUUUAUAACCAGCAAUCCCAGAUUCAAACCACUAAUCAGCAACAGCAGCAGCAACAGCCAGUUUAUAUGCUCGGCGAUUCAGUUGAAAAUUCUAUACAAAUCUGCAAAAUGCCUCAGGAAGAACCCGUAUCCUUAGCAGCCACCCAUCCCAAUCUACUACCAACCGUCAUACAAUCGGAUAUAAAACAUAAUCUAGACUGUUUGGUCAACCAGCUGUGCAGUUUACGUUUGGGAACAAAUCAACAUCAACGCCUCUUACUCUUAAGACAGCGUCAGCUAAUCGAAGAAGAUGAAUUAAGAUUAAAGCAUUACGUUGAAUAUGAGAACUUUCAAAAGGCCAUGCGUCAAUCGAAUGAUGUGGCAACUCAACAGCCGCCGCCUCUUUUGUAUAUCCAGCCAUCUGCUGGUGCUGGUGGUCCACAUCAACAACAAGGUUUUAUUAAUUUCACUGGCAGUUUUCUGCAUAAUAAUACCGGGCAAUCAUCGGCUCACCAUCAACAGCAAAUUGUCAAUACCAACUCACAGACAGCUGCCAUGUCAGCCGCAGCUCAAGGUUAUACGGUUAUGUUUAAUCCUCAGUUAACUAUGCCAACAACACAAAUGCAACAGCAUUCAGCAAAUUUGCAGCAGCAAAUUACCAGCUCGCCCUAUACUAUCUUAACAAAUCUAAAUAUGCAACAGCAGCAGCAGCAACACCAACAACACCAACUACAGGCUGCUGCUGCUGCUCCUGCUCUUAAACAAUUGCAAACGACAAGUUCAGCUUUACAACAACAAAGUUCAGCAGAUUCUUCACAUAACCAACAGUUAGUUAAUCAGAAUACAAUUAAAACAAUCGAUUAUAAUCAGGGACCGUAAAUAAUAGUUUGAAAUGGAAAAACUCUCUAUGUUACGAGUCAACGGAGACCUAUACUGUUAUAUAGCAAUAGAUUCGUAUUGACGUGCUCUUUCUGAAUCACUUAACAGUUAUUAUUCAAUGUAAAACUAAAAGUUCGCCUCAAACUCUUCAGAAAACAAAAUUCAUUUGAGGAGUUUUAUUUUUUCCCCUUAAAAAAUAAAACUCAUUUGAGGAGUUUUAUUUUUCUCUUCAGAAAAUAAAACUCAUUUGAGGAAUUUUAUUUUUCUCUUCAGAAAAUAAAACUCAUUUGGGGAGUUUUAUUUUUCCAAGUCAGAAAAAAAAUCAUUUGAGGAGUUUUAUUUUUCCAAGUCAGAAAAUAAAACUCAUUUGAGGAGUUUUAUUUUUCCCGAUAGAAAAAAUAAAUCAUUUAAGGAUUUUUUUCCCCAGAUAAUAAAACUCAUUUGAGGAGUUUUAUUUUUUUUCGUCAGAAAAAAAAUCAUUUGAGGAGUUUUAUUUUUCUGGAGGAAAAAAUAAAACUAAUUUGAGGAGUUUUAUUUUUCCCCCUUAAAAUAAAACUGAUUUGAAGAGUUUUAUUUUUCCCCCUCGGAAAAUAAAACUCUAAUGAGGAGUUUUAUUUUUCCAGUGAGAAAAAAAAUAUUUAAGGAGUUUUAUUUUUCCCCCUCAGAAAAUAAAACUCAUUUGAGGAGUUUUAUUUUUCCCGUCAGAAAAAAACUUAUUUGAGGAGUUUUUUUUCCCCUCAGAAAAUAAAACUUAUUGAGGAGUUUUAUUUUUCCCGUCAGAAAAUAAAACUCAUUUGAGGAGUUUUAUUUUUCCCGUUAGAAAAAAAAACUCAUUUGAGGAGUUUUAUUUUUCCCCUUCAGAAAAUAAAACUCUGAUGAGGAGUUUUAUUUUUCCUGUCAGAAAAUAAAACUCAUUUAGGAGUUUUUUCCCCUAAAACUCAUUUGAGGAGUUUUAUUUAUCACACACAAGCUUUAGGUGUCAAUUUGAAGAGUUUUAUUUUCUGACGGGAAAAAUAAAACUCGUAAAAUUAGUUUUUUUUCAAGAUUUUCAUGACUGUUUUAGAAGGAUUUUUAUUUUUAAAUUUUAUUCAUUGUAGUGAUCUGAACAGCUACAAGCUUUAGGUGUCAAGUUACAUAAACAAUUUUUGGAUAAAUAAAACUCCUGAAAUGUGUUUUAUUUUCUGAGCAGAAAAAUAAAACUCCUCAAAUGAGUUUUUUUUUAUGGCGGAAAAAUUAGUUUUUUUUUUCUGACGAAAAAAUAAAACUCCUGAAAUGAGUUUUAUUUUCUAAAAUAAAACUCAUUUUUUUAUGAAUUUUUUAAGGGUUUCAUAACAGUUUUAGAUGGAUUUUUAUUUUUAAAUCUUAUUCAUUGUAAUGAUCUGAACAGCUACAAGCUUUAGGUGUCAAGUUACAUAAACAAUUUUUGGAUAAAUAAAACUUCUGAAAAGAGUUUUAUUUUCUGAGGAGAAAAAUAAAACUCCUCAGCAGCUGCAAGCUUUAGGUGUCAAGUUACAUAUAAAAAUUUUGGAUAAAUAAAACUCCUGAAAUGAGGAGUAACACUUAUAAGCGUUACGGUUCCUGAUUAAAACACAGAGAAUAUUUUCACCAAAAAUGCUGUAUAUCAAGUAAAUACAAAAUAUGCGAUAUUUAAAAAAAUUAUGCAAAUGAUGUAUGUAUAUUUGCAUUGCUCUAUAGUUAGAUUUAAAUGUGUAUUAAGAAAUAAGAUUAUUUAAUAACCUAAAAAAUUAAUUUAUAAAAAAAAAAAUAAAAAAAAUAUUUGUUUAGUAUGUAAAAUUUCUAGUUAUUAUCUACAUAAAUAUUUCAUUAUUACAUUUUUAACAAAAUAAUUUUUCAUUUUAAUUCAAAACUAUGUUCACUUUAAUGCCUUGAAUGAGCAGUGUUAAAUUUUUAUUUAGAAUUUUCGGAAUACAUCCAUUUAUUUAUUCAUUUAUUUUUUUUUUUUUUUGAUUAUACCAAGUUAUAUAAAAAGCCUAUAAGGCCAAUAAUAAAUACCUAUACAUAUAUUGCAAAUGUAAAUUCCUGAAUACAAUUCAAUAUACAUAAUUAUUAUAAAUAACAAUAACCAACUUAAAUUUAAUAUUAAUAAAUUAUAAAUUAAUAAUUAAUAAUAAAUAAAAUGGCUCCCCAGUCGAAUAAUGAAGAAAA